UCAAUCAGUCUGCUCGGGACCGCCGUAGUAGGAGGUAUUGUCGGUUUCGUUUCCAACAAAACGCGUUUCGGUGUGAUUUGUGUUUUGUUUUGUGGUGCACGAUGGCUUACAACGGUAGUGGUGGCAAGAGACUGUGUACAGGGACCGACCUGGACGUCGAAAGGAGUAAUGGAAACAGCUAUAUGGCUGGUGAGCCGCGGCGCAAACGCGAGCCGCCCGCUCGACCCAACCACAUUUUGCUGUACACCAUCAUCAAUCCCGCCUAUCCUAUCACUGUGGAUGUCAUACACACAAUCAGUGCGCCCCACGGACAAGUACAGAGAAUCGUCGUGUUUAAGAAAAACGGGGUACAGGCCAUGGUUGAGUUUGAAAGCGUAGAAUCAGCAACGAGAGCCAAAGAGGCGCUACACGGCUGCGACAUAUACUCUGGAUGCUGCACACUGAAAAUCGAGUUCGCAAAGCCUGAAAGAUUGAACGUAUUCAAAAAUGACCAAGACAGUUGGGAUUACACACUAUCGGAAGAUGUGCCACCUGUACAGAGAAGCGCGCCCCUCCUACAGUCUCCCCAGUAUACCGGUGGAAGACCACAGCCUUAUAAUGCGUCGACCAACGCCCAGGCUUCCACCAGAUCCUGCUGCGAAGACACCAGCAGCCAGCACAGUCAACAUUCCUGCGAGCAUUCGCAGAACGAUAUGGACUACGGCAGCGGCGGGCCGCCUCCUCCAGGGAUGAUGAAAGACAGACAUGGGCCUCCACCACCACAUCAUCCGCGUGAUGGUCGUGGCUACGGUCCAGAAGGCUACGGCGGCGAGGGGUUCGUCCCUCCCCCACCCAUGCAUCACCCCUCCAUGCCGCCACAGAAUCAGUGUCCCCUGCUGGCGCAGGGCGGCCCCCCGCAGCAGGGCGCCGUCAUGAUGGUGUACGGGCUCGACCCUCAGACGGUGAAUGCUGACCGCCUCUUCAACCUGUGCUGUCUCUACGGAAACGUUGUUAGAAUAAAAUUCCUGAAGACGAAAGAAGGCACGGCUAUGGUACAAAUGGGCGACGGCGUCUCAGUCGAGAGAUGCGUUCAGAACCUCAACAACGUGACCGUCGGAGACUACACACUCACAUUGGCUUUCUCAAAACAAGCGUACCUAUCAGAGGUGAUGAACCCGUACCCUCUGCCCGACAAGAGUCCCUCGUUCAAGGACUACGUCGGCAACAAGAACAACCGCUUCCUCACGCCCGCCUCCAUACACAAGAACAGAAUACAGCCGCCUUCUAAGGUGCUGCACUUCUUCAACACCCCGCCGGACGUGUCGGACGAGCAGCUGCUGCAGGUGUUCAAGGACUACGGCGUCACGCCGCCGCACACCAUCUCCAAGUUCCCGCUCAAGAGCGAGAGAUCGUCAUCAGGGCUCAUGGAGUUCCAGAACAUAUCGCAGUCCGUCAUGGCAAUCAUGGCCUGCAACCACGCGACCAUACAACACCCAGGUGCAAAAUUCCCGUUCGUAAUGAAGCUUUGUUUCUCAUCGUCACGACAAAUCGGCCAGGGUAAAGGCCAGAAUCCAAAUAAGAGUCAAAAUCAGAACCAGGAUCAAAAUAACCAGAGACAAGGCCAAAACAAUGGAAUGGCAGAACACGAAUACUACUAACGGCGAUGAGGUGGCGCACACACACACACAUAUCAAGACGGACGGCACACACACACACAGCCACACCACUACGAGUGCGGGGGUGGGGUUGCCGUAACAAAAAAAAAAAAACAACGAAAAAUUCACCCGCAUUCAUAUUAACCUAUAUUUGGAAAGUUACCACUCAAAUUGGGACGCGGGCGAAUUUUUCGUAACGGCAACAUUUUGAAAUAAUUCCUUAUUUUUACAAUUUGUGAUCUAGAUCACUCUUAUAAAGACAUUAACAGUUAGUUUUCUUAAUAUAAUUUUAGACACAGUAACAUGUUUUUUUCAUAUUAUUACACAUUAUUACAUUUCCAUGUUUUUUUUUCUUUGUUUUUCUGUUUAUUUUGUUUAGUGGGGAGCGAUGCUCCGUUGAAUGCGUCUGCAUUUCGUUUAUGGACUUAGCGGUUUAGGUAUCGAUUAAGUAAUAUUCCCAUUUAAUUUGAUUAAUUAGCUUUUAGUUACUUAUUAUUUUACCAGUGCUGUUUUCUUCCUCAAAAAAUCGACUUGGCGAAAUUGUGACGAGCGUUGAAAAUGGCACGGUUUCCCGAUUUAGUGAGGAGUUUUAGUGAAAAAUAAAUGAUAUUAGUUUGUGAGUAUUGUUGAAACAGUACUUAGUUUCCUUUCUUGUUCCCUUUUCUUGACGCGCGAACGGACAAAGAAAAUAAUGUCCGCGCGUAUUUGUAAUUUAUCUAAAACUUGGUUGUUUUGUAUAACGUGACAGUUGUGAAAUGUACAAGAAAUAAAAAAACUGAGGUAUAUUAUAGAAAAUUUGUUUUAUUUUUGGUUUUUAAUAGACCACGCUUAUGUGCUUGUUUCUUAAGUUUGCACCAAUUUUGUUCGUAGUGGCGAUCUAUCGACCAUUUGAAAAUUUUUUAAGAACCAAAAGUAUCUAAAUGUAAGAAAUAGUUUAGCACUCUUUAGGUUUAGUAGUAAGUGUCAUUGCAAUGUCAAUUAUAUUCGAUUAGUGGGAAAAAAUGAAACAGUAAAGUUUUCUAAAAAUUUUCUUAAAAAUAUAGCGAUGAUUCGACUUAAAAUUUGAGUAAUAAGCCUUGCACAAGGAUUUAGACAUAAGGACAGAUGAUAUUGGAGACACCAUAAUCGCGCUGUUUGGAAAAAAAAAAACACUUUUUUUGUUUUUGUGUCUAGGAAUAGAUGUUUGUAUGGUGUGACCUUGUGGUAGCUCGUCUAUAUAACUGUUUAUGAUAGAAAAACUUAGUAUCCUUUACUUUAAAUUCCUUUGCGAACCUUCUAGUGUACAAUUACUAAUGUCAAAUUACAUAAACAGUGUUAUAGCAAGCAUUCGACUAGUCCUAAUAUAGUUGAAUUAAUGUUAUCAGGUAAAUAGAUGCAUAUCUUUUUCUCUAGAAAUAUUUUGAAAUGGAAAAAUACUAAAUGUUCUAGUAUUAGGACCUCUAUGUCGUGAUAGCUUAUCUCUUUUGUGUUGAAUGUACAGAGAAAAUAAUAUAAUAAAAAAAAUAUUGUUUUUUUUUUAAUUCUCAAUGUUUUAUAUUUAGGUUGUUGUACUGACGGAAUGACACUAUUCUACUCAAAUGAACGCAGUUAUCAUUAUUACACAUGGUAUAGACAAUAAAAUUGACAGAAAAAUGAAUUCUAAUAAUAUAUUAUGUACAAUUUGACAGCUGUCACUUUUACUGUCUAUUCGCGUAAUAUCGCUAAAAGAUGCUUUACGAGACACGAGAAUCAGCACAGUGGCACAGUGAAUAUAUUGUAUUUUAUUUUCAUUUUUAGCCUACAUUUUAUUGGAAUUAGGUCUUGUAGUUACAUGAUAAACAUUAAAAUACAUGUCAACACAA